UUAACUCAGCAUUAUUCAAAUCUUCCGCCGUCCCUACGCAGCAGUUGAGUGUUUAGCAACAGUGGGUUACUCGUCAUCAUAAACACAACAACAACAACAACAACAACAACGGAGGAAAGCAUAUCCUAGUUAAAAGAAAAAGAAAGAAAGAGACAAAAUCUAAUCAUUGCAGAUUCCGCGCGAAGCAGGAAGUAAGGGUAAACUUGCAUGACACACUUUAUAAUAAGGUGGGUGACACUGACUAAUCUACUUAAAACAAAGUUUGUUGGCGUGGUGUUUGUUUGUUAGGUUGGCUUUACUUUUUGCAGUGCCCGUGUCAGCAGUUAAAUGGAUAGAUUGUGUUUUAUUUUUGUGUGUGUGUGUUUGUUUUAGUGUCCCGUUUACUUUAUAUUGCCCGCUGUGAAAAUGUUAACAAUGUGAUCUAAGUCGUGCAUCCAGCGUGCAACUCUUUAAAACCGUGCAGCGCAUCAGCUAGUAACUUUGCUGCAGACAGUAUUUAUUUUCGGCGGUAAACUUGCAGAAUUCAGUUGGGAGCUAACUGUGCACCUCUUCGGUCUGCAAGUAUGGCAGUCUCUUCAAAUCAGACGACAUCAGAGAUAGCUACGGCUUUUGAGAAACUCUUCUACUCGAGUACACUGAGGCUGGUAAGAAGACACGACGCGGGGUGUGUUAGCGUUUUGGCAGUUGAGAGGUAUGUGACAGUACCAGGACCGAGUGUGAAUAACAAUAAGCCGAUCACCACCUGCUACUACAGUUACGACGUGACCGUAACUGACGGAGUGUACCGGGCCAAGUGUCAGUUGGCAUCCGAGCUCAACUCGCUGGUGCACAAGUGCUUUCUGCGGUCCGGGGUGGAAAUCAAAAUCGUCCAGUGCGCUUUCCUAUACAACGAGAAGUGCCUUCGCCCGGGCUGCGUCUUGCUUGAGGGCAUAGAGUUCGGUCGGGAGCGCUCGCCACUUCUCCAAACACUGACCGAAGAGGAUGUGGAAAGGCUCCCCUUCUUUACAAGCCGGUUGAGGAAUGUGUUGGCCCAGAGCGACGGACCUCUCAAGGUGGAGAAGAAACAUUACUUGCCGCUCUGGAACAACGACGAUCCCUACGGAGUGUUAUGGAAAUGUGACAUCGCACCACCACGCAGUGUCCCGGCCCUUGAGUAUAACUUGUCCAGGGGCAUUCACUUGUGCGACCUGGAGUUGUUCUGGGGGUGCACGUCUCGGUUUCCCCCUGUGCUGGUCAGGGUCAUGUACAAGUCCAGACUGAGAUUCUUCGGGAAACCUGAAGGGAGUAUUGACAUUCCUUACCUGGCGUAUUUUGAAGUUGCGGACUGCACGGGCCUGAUGUCCAUGGUGCUGUGGAACGAAAUGUGUACAGAGUGGUACCAGAAGCUGCACGUGGGCACUGUGAUCCUGGUCGAGAACUAUGCCAUGAAACAGGCCUUCGAGUCGAGGACACAGCCCACCCCAGCAGACCCCAGCAUGACCGUGCUCAGAUCAACAGAAAUCAGUGUGAAUGCAGUGGCUCCCACAGGUAAAAUCACCAUAAUCCCACAGCAGGCUGUGAAACCCAAAUGGAAAUUACCAGAUGUCACCUACAAGUUUGUCAGCAGGUGCCAGCUGGACAGUCUCUCUCCAGGAGACACCUGUGAUGUCAUUGGCCUGGUGACCUUCGUUGGGAGAUGUGAGCGAAUAAAAAAGAAAGAUGAAGCUGAACGUUACUGGUCAUACCGCUGGGUCCAUAUUGUGGAUGAAACGACAGAGCAGCCGUUUAUACUGGAGAUUUUCGCCUCAUCACAGCCUGAAGCUUUUAGCAAUAUUUACCCAAUGUCAUACCUAGUCUGCACACAGAUGAGGGUGGUUGGGGAAGCUCGUGGCCAUCAUAUGAACUACCUCACGUCUUCCAAUGAGUCCCGGGUAUAUAGUGCAGGAUAUCACAAGGGCCAGCCAUACGUCUCCGAUCCCAAAGUGAAGAGCUUUAUCCAGUGGACUAAAACCCUAAGCGAGGAAGCCGUGCUCCAGAAGACUGUGAUGGGGGGAUACUACCGCUUCCCUCAUUCUCCGGACACGUUUACACCGAGCAGUGACAGCAGUGAAGCUCCGUCCCUGACCUGUACCAGUGAGCUGCAGCAGGAGAUCGAGGAGCUGCAUUACCGGGAGCGGCGGUGCCUCGCAGUGCAGGGCUUCAUCGCUGCCGUGCGCUACGUGGCCUGGCCAGCGGCACGGGGGGGGUCUGGGCGGCGGCCCGCGCAGCCUGUGCCAGCGGCAGCGUCCUCCUCUGAAACCCAGGAGCCCCGAGACAAGGCUCACCAAGGAGCCCCAGUGGCCCGGGCAGGAGCUGGCACCCCACUGUCUGAAUCAGGGGAGCAGGAUAACCGCACCACGGGCACUUCAGCGAAGCAAACCAGAAGCCCCUACAACUUAAGGGUGACCAAGCGUCGAUAUUGCACAGGAGCUGCCAGCCAAACACGAAGGUCGACCAAGACCCAGCAUCUGAAGAGGAGCCGUCCACAGCAGGAAGACUCCGAGCAACCUGGCCCAGCAGGUUGCCAGAGCAGCAGUGACACGCUUGCAGUGGUGACUCUGGAGGAAGUGUCCAGCCCCUCCUGGGAGUGUGGAAUCUGGUCAGCUGUGCAGCAGCACCUGUCUGUGCACCUCAGUCACAGCCUGCACUCUGCAAGCGUUCCUCGCAAGUUUGACUACAAGCGCAGAGAGUUUCUAAUGCAGCAGCAUAACCUUCACCCAGCCAGGUGGCAGCCUCCUCCAGCAGCUGCCACAGCUUGUGAUGCAGAAGAGUUCACCCCUGUUUGCAACCAUGGAUACUAUAUAGUGACAAUAAUGGGAGUAACCCAGCAGGUGGCCAUAGACGCUGUGUUCCUGCCUGUGACGUCUCCUGAUGAUCCCAGGAGGGUGGGUCGGCCCCAGGCACCCCAUGACAACACGCUGCUCUCCUGCCUGACAGAGGGGUUUGUUUCCCCGGAGAGCACAGGCACCGCAGGCCGGGGUGGGGCUCAGCAAAGCUUCCCCUCUCCAGGUGAGAUCAUGCGGACGGCAGGGAGCCUGGACAGAGUGCAAGUCAUCUGUCUUCUAGACCUUUACCAACUUGGAGGAGGCCAGGUGGAGGUUUUUCUCAACAAACUCUACAGGCUAACUGAUAUUGCAGUGAAGGUUUAAGAAGCGACUUCCCGCAAGGAUAUGAAACUUCUUUACGAGAAUCGACUGGCCAGUGUGUGUCACUGUGUCCGAACACAGUUAAAACGGCCUGUUUCUUUGUUCCAUCUGCUUUCUGCAGCUCCCAGACAAGUAUGUCUUGAAUGUUUGUUACAGUGUUUUUGCUGUUCUGUUGUUAUUUUUUCAAUCAAUAUUCACAGAGUUUUUGUGGUGUUUUUCUUUUUGUAUUUCUUUUUUAUAUAACUCUAGUUUUGCAAUACUGAUAGCAUACUUGAAUGACAUUAAAAUUGAUGCACUGGUAUAAAAAGCUUUAAAACAAACAAUUGAUAAAUACAUUCCAUCUGUGUUCUGCAGUUUCACUGGAAACCUGUCGUAAACCAGAGGCAAAGCUGGUGGGUAAACCAAGUGCUUUAGUCUGGGAUGUAGCACUGUUUGCUAUUUUUGAAUUCUCUCUCUCUAGAUAUAGAUACAGCCAUAGAUGUGUUUAGAAAAUCAGUUGACCACAUCAAUGAUAUGGUGUAUUGAUGUGGUAAACUUACUUUCUAAUUGCCCUAAUCUUGAGGUAGAAUGCCAGUGUGACAGAGGAGAGCUGUGUAUCAUAACAGGGGAAGGUUCAUUAGAACUGACCGUAGGUAUGAGCCACAGUGUGCAAUGCAGCAAACCAGUACGGAUUCCCAAAUCGUGAACCCUUUGGCUCUUAUCAGUGCUGUGUGCACUUUUUUUUCUGUUAAGCCACAAUUGCCCAAGGAUUGUUAAACAUCAGAGAGAGAUAGUCUUUGACUGAAUGUACAGCUAGGCACUGCAAUAUUUCACAGGUUUACUUCCCUCUCUAAAAGCGAAUCAAGGUUCACUAAGAUAACAAGGAGCACUGCAGCUGACGCAAACACGGUUUAUAUUACUAGGGAAGGUAUCGGCUUACUCUCAACAAGAACUGCUCUCUCAGUGCAAUUGCAAGAUCAGAGCGGGACUGAACUCGUCUUUACAGGAUCUCUCCCCAUAUAUAAAACAAAACAACUGCAGAAUGGGCCGCAAGAGAGGUUGUUGCUUUCCAUUGCUUUGGUUUGUUGUGUUGGUUUUCCAGUCCUCUGCCGGAGCCUCUGUGGUUUGGACAGCCUUGUUGGAGAUUAGCUACAAGAGCCCAGGUAGCAUGGUGACUGUGAACGAGGUGUGCGAGUGUGGGCUCUAUGGUCUGGACUCCCCGCUCCGCGAGGCCUCUGGAGUGGUGGGCAUUCCCAUCUCUCAGGAUC